AUGAAACCGACCUCGAGCGCUCUGGUCCUCAGUGUGGCCACUAUAACAACCCUCUUCUUCCAUUCCCAGGUCGUCCAUGUACAAGCGGCUGUUCCCGAGGCCGAGCCUGGCACGGACCUGUUCAACCAGUUCCGACCAGUGUACCACUUCCAGGCGCGUGAAAAGUGGAUGAACGACCCCUGUGCUCCGUACUACGAUGAGGCCACUGGUUUGUAUCACCUGUUCUACCAGUUCAAUCCAAACUCGACGACUGCAGACACUAUCGCAUGGGGUCACGCCGUGUCGACGGACCAAGUGACGUGGACGGACUACCCCGACGCCCUCCGUCCGUUCGAAGACAAGUGGGAUCACCUCAGUGUGUACUCGGGCUUUGCCAUGGGCAAUGCCAUUGACGGCAAGCAGACGGUGUUCUACACGGGUGUCACUGCGCUGCCCAUUGCGUGGCGGAAGGAGUACCUCUUCGGAGAGCACGUGGUGUACGCCACGACGGACGACGGCGGCAAGACGUGGCAAAAGGGCCGUGAACCUCUGAUCGAGCGUCCGCCACAGGGCCUCGACGUGACUGGCUGGCGGGACCCGAUGCCGUUCCAUUCCAAGUCACUGGAUGCUCACUUUGGCUACACCGCUGGCAAGGGCAGCAGCAGCAGCAAUCGCAGCAGUAAUCGCAGCAGCAGUGGCAGCAGCAGUGGCAGCAACUACCUCAUUGUGGCCGGUGGUGUCCGUGACGUCGGUCCGCGCGUUUUCCUGUACCAUGCCGAGGACUAUGUGAACUGGGAGUACAAGGGCUACCUCCUUGCGCAGGAGAAGAACACGACCUUCUCGCCGUACAGUGCCGGCUGGGGCUACAACUUUGAGACCACCAUCUACCGGGAGAUGACGGACGAAGACGGCGAGCUCCACAAUGUGAUGCUGUUUGCGGCAGAAGGAGAAACGAACCGGUACGCCAUGUGGGCCACGGGAUCGUUCGGCUCGAGCGACGGCUAUGGGUUUGACUUCGAGCAGACGGCUUCUGAAGUCGGUCAGUUUACGCCUUUGAUGGUGGGGGUGUCCGACAACAGCGACUGGUAUGCCAACAGCAUCUACACGGACAAGGAUGGCAAAGACGUCCUGAUCGGUUGGAUCACCGAGGACAACAACUUUGUCACGGGACAGCCUCAAGGCUGGGACGGUAUCUUGUCACUGCCGCGAGAAGUGGGGAUCACGAUUGUGCGAGACAUCUACGACAGGGACAGCCACCUCGUGGGCAAGGGCGACUGGAUCGUAUCCGAGUCGAAAGACGUGCCAUGUGCGAGUGGCUCACCAAAGCAGCGCAAGACCAUCAAGACGCUUGGCGUGAAGCCCCUGCGGGACCUGAAGCUGCUGCGUAAUGUGAAGUCGGUGGAGCGCGUUGCGAGUGUAUCACUGAAGGGGUCGACGCAAGUGCUGGGGUCGACCGGUGCGUCGUUUGAGCUCGUGGCUGAAGUAUCAGAGUUUGCACGUGGCAGCAAAGUUGGCGUGGAGGUCCGUCGCAGCUCAAGUGGGGACGAGGUGACGACGAUCGUGUACGACGACGCGGAGAAGAAGGUGAUCAUCGACCGUUCCAAGAGUUCGAGUGCCGACUGUGCUGUGUUUGCGGAUGCCCACGUGAAGCCCGUCUCGGAAUCGAUUUGGGGACACUUUUACCUCUACGACCUCUUCACGGGUACUACGAAGAACGACGUGUGUGAGAUCGCCCGCGAGAGACUGAGUUUCCACGUCUUUGUGGAUGUGUCUAGUGUCGAAGUGUUUCUCAACGGUCGCUUCGCACUAUCUGCCCGAGUUUACUCGUGUGCCAGUGAGACAAAGUCCGACGGUAUUGCUCUGGUGGCCUCGAGAGGUGCUACCUUUGAGAACGUGCAGGUGUGGACGGAUCCGAAACAUGCUUGGGCUGACACGCGCGUGGUGCCGGCGGUUUAG